UUGAAGAUCUGCAGGAUCAGAACCAGGACUAGGACUCGGAGAUGGACCGGGACCAGGAGUCCAGCAUCAGGACCAGAGCGGGAUCUUCCUCUGGUCUGCAGAAACAUAAAGGCAAAGAGAGACCCACAAGUUUUCGUUGUGAUCACUGCAAGAAAGUCUUCACCACUUCAUCACGUCUGAGAAAACAUAAGAUGAUUCACACUGGAGAUAAACCGUUCAGUUGUGAUCAGUGUGGAGCAGCUUUUACCAGAAAAUAUCAUCUAAAGAUACACCAACGUAUUCACACUGGAGAAAAACCGUUUAGGUGUGAUCAGUGUGGAGCAGCUUUUACCCAACAAGGUAGUCUAUGGACUCACCAACGUAUUCACACUGGAGAAAAACCGUUUAGGUGUGAUCAGUGUGGAGCAGCUUUUACCCAUCGACGUAGUCUAAGGACUCACCAACGUGUUCACACUGGAGAAAAACCGUUUAGGUGUGAUCAGUGUGGAGCAGCUUUUACUGAGUCAGGAAAGCUAAAGAUUCACCAACGUAUUCACACUGGAGAUAAACCGUUCAGAUGUGAUCAGUGUGGAGCAGCUUUUACCAGACAAGAUUGUCUAAAGACUCACCAACGUAUUCACACUGGAGAUAAACCAUUCAGAUGUGAUCAGUGUGGAGCAGCUUUUACCCAACAAGGUCAUCUAAAGACUCACCAACGUAUUCACACUGGAGAUAAACCAUUCAGUUGUGAUCAGUGUGGAGCAGCUUUUACCAGACAAGAUUGUCUAAAGACUCACCAACGUAUUCACACUGGAGAUAAACCAUUCAGAUGUGAUCAGUGUGGAGCAGCUUUUACCCAACAAGGUCAUCUAAAGACUCACCAACGUAUUCACACUGGAGAUAAACCAUUCAGUUGUGAUCAGUGUGGAGCAGCUUUUACCAGACGAGAUAGUUUAAGGAGUCACCAACGUAUUCACACUGGAGAUAAACCAUUUAGGUGUGAUCAGUGUGGAGCAGCUUUUACCCAACAAGGUAGUCUAAUUAUUCACCAACGUAUUCACACUGGAGAUAGACCGUUCAGAUGUGAACAGUGUGAGGCUGCUUUUACCACAUCAAGUCAGCUAAAGAAGCACCAACGUACUCACACGAGUGAUAAACUCUAAAGAUUUGAUCAGUGUGAAGUGUGGAAUUGCAAAAAACACCUCAGCACAGCAAAAAAAAGCAAAAUAAUCAGACAACGUCAUACCUAAAACUUGAAAGACUAACAUAUGAUGCCCCCUGGACACGUCCUGGGAAGCUAGCGUUCAUGCCUAUUUUUCCAGCAUUCCUGAUUCUGUCUGUUUCUGCCUGCCUGCCUGUGACUUUGCCUGAUUCCCGGUUUUUGGAUUUUUGCUUGCCCCUUUGGAUUUGUCUGCCUGAUCUGCCUGUC